AUGGGCUCUGCACGCGAUUUGCAACGCAGGUUACGUUCCGGCGAGCCCAGAAGGAUAAGUACUACCACAGUCUCCAUCAUACCAUCUUCUACCGCUGCUCCAGAAACAAAGGAAAGGCUACGGGACUUCAAGAUCGACAACAUAACUCUGCAGUCAGGCGAUGAUUUCAUCAAACUACUUUCAAAGGCAUGCAAUGCUAUGGGAGUACCCGCGCCGGGAACCCUUCCCACUCCAGGAUUGUCUACCUUUAGCGACGAUAUCCUCAAGAUCGAAUUAAGCGGCCCUGAUAGGCAGCAUCUGACCUUUAUCGAUGUCCCAGGGAUCUUUAGGACUCCAACCGAGGACGUCACGACCAGAAGACCAGUUGCUCCGGCACCCGUGGAUAUCGCAACACAAGAAAUCCUCGGCAUGGCCGAAGAGGUUGAUCCAUUGGGCCAGCGAACGAUGGGUGUCCUUACGAAGCCUGACCUUGUGGACAAAGGGACUGAAGGAGAUGUAAUGGAUUUGGUGCGUGGGAAAAAGAAAAGGCUCAAUUUUAGGGUGGAGCAAGAUUUCUUCUCUACUCCACCGUGGUCAGCACUUAAUAAAGAACGUGUUGGCAUCCCCGCUCUCCUAGAUCGGCUCCGUGAAGUACUGAUCGAUAUUCCCCGUCGUGAAUUUCCCAAGGUGAAACAGGAGGUUGACAAAAGACUCUCGGAUUGCGAACAGAAGCUUAAGCGUCUGGGCCCAGCCCGCGAGACCGAGGAACAGCAACGAACCUUUCUGAUAGACCUGGCCACCAAGUUUCAAGAGGUAACUUCUCACGCUCUUGACGCUUACUACGGUCGAAGCUUGCUAUUUGAAGAAAAUCCCUUACUUCGAUUGGCGACACGAGUGGUCAAUCUUCACACCACCUUCUCGGAUGAAACGUCUUUGAAAGGUCAUACCAUGCAAUUUAGUGGAUCCACUACGAGAUAUAGUGAGAAGUCCGCUACCGACUCACCCAUUAGUGAUGCUUCUUCAGCCGUCGAUACUGCGGACGACGCUGACGAAGAUGACGACGCUGACGAAGAUGCCACCGCGGACAUCUCACUUUCAAUAAGUGAAGGGUUUGGGCAACUUGAGCUUGACAGGUUCCCAGAACUUUCGGAUUUUAUCCAAGGCCCGUGGAGAUGCCCCUCUCCAGAAACAGAUAACAUUUUCGAUUGGAUUAAAUCUGUAUACCAAAGUUCAAGAGGGUUUGAACUUGGUACCUUCAGCCCGUCUAUUCUUCCAAUCAUUUUCCAAGAACAGUCAAAGAAGUGGGAACCCCUUGCCCUUGCCUAUAUUAGCGACUUCAUUGGAGUUGUUCACACUUUCACAUAUGAUCUCAUGACAGCCCUUUGCGCAGAUCCGCGUAUGUUGUCAAACCUUCGGGCACUCAUCACUGAUGAUCUCGUGGAAGGAUACAAGAAAGCCAUGAGCCACACCCACUUCAUACUUCAAGUGGAACGUAAAGUUGUCGAGGUUAGACUUGGGAGUGGAUUGCAGAAAAUGGUGAACGUAGAUACAAUCUCCGAUUCUAUUCCAAUGGGCAACACAGAUCACACAGUCGAGGAUAUUCAUGCUAUCCUGAAAUCAUAUUACAAGGUCGCUCGAAAGCGUUUCGUCGACGCGGUUUGCAUGCAGGCAGCAGAUCAUUUUCUCGUCACGGGAUCCGAGAGUCCCCUGGGGCUGUUUACGCCCUCCUUCGUGCAUCGACUGAGCGCGGGAAGUCUCACCACAGUCGCUGGAGAGGAAGUAGCUUCGAGGAGAGCACGGAUUGCGCUGGGACAAGAAAUUAAAGGUCUGAAAGACGGCAAGAAAUUGCUCAGAAGCUAA